AUGUCUACCUCCUCAACCCACCACACCUAUAGCCGAAAGCAGAAAUCACUCGGCUUAUUGUGCACCAAUUUUCUGAGGCUAUACAACAGAGAAGGCGUUCGCUUAAUCGGUCUCGAUGACGCCGCUUCGCGAUUAGGAGUUGAAAGGCGCCGGAUCUACGACAUCGUCAACGUCCUAGAGAGCGUCGGGGUGCUGGCCAGAAAAGCUAAGAAUCAGUAUACCUGGAAAGGCUUUUCUGCAAUUCCCGAGGCUUUGCAAGAACUCAAGGAAGAUGGUUUGAAGGAGAAUCCUGGGUCUUUUGAUGACUCCAAUGACAGUGCGAAAGUGUCUGAUGAUGAGGAUGAGGAGGAAAGCUCUCCCAAUGUCAAUGCUGAAAGUCAGAAUGACAAGGAAAAUCCUGAUUCCACCCCUCCUGUCAUAUCCUCUAAGAAUGAAAACAGAAGGGAGAAGUCUCUGGCAUUACUUACCCAGAAUUUUGUCAAGCUUUUUAUCUGCUCUAAUAUUGAACUGAUCUCCCUUGACGAUGCUGCAAAGUUGUUGCUUGGAAAUGCCCAUAAUACAUCAAUAAUGAGGACAAAAGUCAGACGCCUAUAUGAUAUUGCAAAUGUGUUAUCCUCCAUGAACCUAAUCGAGAAGACUCAUACAACGAACACUAGAAAACCAGCAUUUAGGUGGUUGGGUUGGAGAGGGAAAGCAUGGAGUGAAUCAGUUGACUUGGCUCACAAUUCAGAUGUCAAAGAGGCAGGGAAAAGAAAGUUUGGAACUGACAUUACAAACACAAGUUUUAAAAGGAGCAAAGCUGAUUUGCUCUUGGAUAGCCGGGACUGUAAAAUGCAAAACCAACAUGAAAAUAUUAGUUACAGAGCACAGACAGUGAAAAGCAAUGUAGAAAAGGAUGCAAAACAGACUUUAAAGGGAUAUCAGUUUGGCCCUUUCGCUCCAGCUUAUGUGUCCAAAGUCGGAACCUCUGAAAAUAAUAACGGGAAUCAGGUGCAUGACUGGGACAGCCUCGCACAGGUUCAUCGUCCUCAAUAUCAAAAUCAAGAUGUGCACAAUUUACAUGUUGGUAGGUUGAUUCAGUUCCAAUACAGAGAAUGUGAAGAGCACGGCAGUGAGAUGCUUUGGGUAGAGGUCGAAUUUGAAGAUGUUCGGAUUGGGGUUGAGUUGAUACAUGCUUAG